GGGAAAUUCAACCCUUCUUGGGUGAAGUAUUUUCUCCUGAAAAGAGCUAUGGGUCUGGUGUAGAGUUUUAGAAGUUUAGGAGGAUAUUUGAUCAGUGGUUGGAUAAUGAUGGAGAGAUGUGAUCGAGUAGGGAUUUUAUGAGAUGAAGGUUCAUGCCUCGUGGUUUUUUUUUAUGAUUAUUAUGUGAUAGAAAAAAAAGGGGAAGUGCGAACAAGGUAUGUAUGCGUUUGUCGAACAUGACAGGAGGACAUGGAUUACAGGAUGGAAAGGGUGUAGAUGCUGCGUUUUAUGGUCCAGUUAGUGGAAGAACUUUAUCUCAAGAUACUCAAAGACUCAGGACUACACACACACACACGGCGCUUACUCAGGCUUUUUUUUUUUUCCUUUCCAGCCUGAUAGUGUGUUCGUGUAUACUGAAUGUGUGUGUGUGUGUUUCCCCACACACACACACACGUUUAGUCACAUUGCUCGGAUUUAGGUGAUCACUUCUCUACAACCUUCUCGACUCCUUCACUUCAGAAAUAUGUCAAAUAUGACUUUAAACAGCGAAUAUCUGUACAAUUUACCCGCCGCGGCUCUGCUCGACUUCACCCGGGUUAUGGAUUCACUCCCGGAUUCGGACUGGCUGAGAUUUGCUUCUCGAGUCAUAUGUGACCAGACGGAGCUUCGGCUUGUGGAGAUGGGCAACAGACGGACUGAAACACUAAUGACCAAGUGGGGCUGCAGAAACGGGACUGUUGGCGAUCUUCUAACCGUCCUGCAGGAUCUGGAGCUUUUCAGACCUCGAGAUAUCAUUCUGAAAUGGCGGCGUAUUCCUCAGCCCAGCCCUGUCUCCACCCCCUCCACCUUUCUGCCACCACCAAGUCUCACCCAGCACAGCUCACCCCCUUCAUCACUCUUCACCCCAUCUAAAAACACCUCCUGCUCACGUCCUCUUCUGGAGACCAAGCUGCUAGCCGAACGUGGACCUCCACCCCCUGACCUGCCCAAACCUUGUCCCUGUCCGCUAUCAUCAGUUUCAAAAGAUAGAAAAAAAGAAGAGAUUUCUUGCGAUAGCUGCCCGGAUCACUCGACUCGGUUCUCCGGCGUCAUGUGCUGGCCAUUUGACGAAGUGCAGCGAGGUACGGACAAUUUCUCCCCGUCCAGGCAGAUCGGUGAGGGAGGUUUCGGUCACGUGUACCACGCCUGCAUGAGGAACACCGACUUCGCUGUGAAGAGACUCAAAGAGGAUUCCCAUAUGGGCUGGAGCGUGGUGAAGGAAAGUUUUAGGACCGAAGUGGAAAGACUAUCACAAUAUCGACACCCAAACAUCAUGGACUUGGUUGGUUAUAGUAUUGGAGGUGGAACGUACUGCCUUAUCUACGUGUACAUGCCCAGUGGAUCUCUGGAGGACCGGCUGCACUGUGGGAAUGGUUCUGCCCUCUCCUGGUCACAGCGUGUAAAAGUGGUGUUGGGUUCGGCACACGCUAUUCAGUACCUUCAUUCCUGCUCUCCUGCGCUCAUCCACGGAGACGUCAAGAGCUCCAACAUUCUGUUAGGGGAACAUCUGGACCCGAAGCUGGGUGACUUCGGUCUGGCGCGGUUGUGUCGUAACCCAAGCAGAUCUCCAGGGAAGACGAGCACCGUGGCUCAGACGUCUACGGUGCGAGGAACCCUAGCGUACCUGCCUGACGAGUACCUGAAAGAGGGACAGCUGGGCACGGAGAUCGAUGUUUACAGCUUUGGAGUGGUGUUGCUGGAGGUCCUGACAGGCCGAAGGGCUUUAGAAUCCAGCAGCAGCCAGUCGAAGAACAUUUACCUGAAAGACCUGGUGUCGGAACUGGAGGACGAUGGAAAAAGUUGCAGCAGAAAGAAGGACACUCGAGAUCUCUCCAAUUCACAGUCGGCAGAGAACAUCUGGAAGAAGCAUUUGGAUCCUUGGCUGAUGGCAGACGGAACGUCUGGCCCUAAAGGGUCAAAAGAAAUCGCUCAGCUAGCGUGUCGUUGCCUAGACCGCCGGAGAAAGAAAAGGCCUCGGAUGACAGAGGUCUACAACACUCUCCUGGACGUGUGUACAGGCUUGAAGUCUUUGAGCAGAUCGGUCCCAGUCAGCACGUCACCGGUUCCUCCUCAUCUCUCCGGCCCGAUGCCUCUGCGCUCGGAUACCUCCAUGGAGACUCUGUCGAGUAACUUCUCGAAGCUCGGGCCUCAGGAGAACACGUUCUGCUGCUCGCACAGCUGCAGCUUCCCACGCCCUCCUUCCGCAGCCACAGGCUCAGAACCCCCCGAGUCCGAACGGAGCGAAGGAUCGUGGGACACUCGCUAUUCCUCCUUUCAUGCGCCAUAUGACGGAGUUAUCAUUAAUCCAGUCAGACAGCGCUUGGUUGAGAAAAUGACACUUUACGAGGAAGGUCGAAUCCUGACAUCAGACCUCUUCUCUUCUGGCAGUUCAUCAAAUGGAGCGAUGAACAUGCAGACCAGGGAACCGGAAGAAAGCGACGAGUUUGCAAGCAGCGUGGCCUAAGACCACUCAAACUGGUACCUACUGACUAAUUCCAACACUUGAGAGGAAAUCAGGGACGACACUGGUCAGGAUUUCCUGAAACAAAUGUUCUCAACACCACCAUGGUGACCUACUAACAGCUGUGUUAAUUUUAUAUAUAUAUUAUUUUUUUAAACGUCAAAUGGAAAUUUUUGUCCACGUGUAUGGGAUGCAAGGGGACCCUAGAUGAUGUACUUCAUGCCAAGUUCUUCCUGGAUUCCACAAACUCUCCGUGACUGCACGUUUCAUUACGUUAGGAGGCCUGAGGUGCAGAGUGAACAAUUCCUCAGAAUUCUUUAAUGAUUCUUUAGUGGGAGAUUUUGGUGGGACUCGAACCGACAACCUUUGGACAGCUCUACGGCCACUUCUAGAAGUCCAGCGCGAUAUCGAUUCCUUCCCGUCUAUAGCAGGAGAUCUACUUUAACCCAUGGAAGACUUUGGUGAACAGUUUGGAGAAGAUGGACACGUGGCUGGGAAAGUCGGUUGUCCAAAUACUUUUGUCCAUAUGUGAUGAUUUUUUUUUUUUUUUUCCCCUCCAACACUC